ACUGGUCAGUUACUGGAUGGAUGCUCAACAGGUACAAACGACAGUGAAGUGUUUGUGACUCAAAGUUAUUUGCAUUGUAAGCGCACCAGAAAGGAUUAUUUCUGCAACAUUAAAGUGUGUUUAUGCAUCCCCAAAAUUUCCCAUUAACAAUUUAACAGCAAUUGAGCUGCAGUGCAGUGGAAAAGUGCAUAAAGUCUUACCAAAAGCUUAAUAGAAGAAAAAAAAGUACAACAGAGUAGAAAAAAAUGGGAUCACUGCCUCAAUUGUCGAUUCUCAAGGGAUCCCAAAAGUCCGGAAAUGUGCAGCUAUUGCAUAGAGUUUUUGAAGAAAAAGUUGAUCAAGGAUGCGGCAAUAAGACCGCAAUUAUUUUCAAUGUGGACCAUUUGAAUGAAAGACGAAUUAAUUACAACACACUCAAUUCAAGUGCAAAUCGCUUGAGUGCCACAAUUUUGCACAGAGUCUGCAAUGGUCAUGAGGAGAAGCAUGCAAAUCAGGACGGUGACUGGGCAAUUGUGGUGUGUAUGACCCCAUCGGACAACUUGGUAACCACCCUCUUGGCCAUAUGGAAGUGCGGUGCUGCCUACCUGCCGAUUGAUCCAUCAUUCCCGCCCAAUCGCAUUAAGCACAUCCUUGAGGAGACGAAACCCAUUCUAAUAAUUCACGACAACAGUGUGGCCACUGAUGUUUUCGAAAACAAUCCCGCCGUGUCUUUUGAUGAACUAAAGAGGCAAUCAACAGACUUCAGCAAUGCCAACAUCAGAGACGAUGCUACACUUUCAUGCUCCGAAGUUGAUCCCACCGCAAUAAUUCUCUACACAUCUGGAAGUACAGGAAUUCCAAAAGGAGUUCGUUUGCCUCACUCAGUAAUUGCUAACCGGUUGUCCUGGCAGUGGGAUGAAUUCCCAUACUCGCCCACGGAGAAUGUUGGUGUCUUCAAGACGGCCCUCACAUUUGUGGAUCAUAUUUCGGAAAUUUGGGGACCACUGCUGAAUGAAAUGGCAUUGUUGUGCAUCACAAAGGAGUGCACAAAGAACCCCGAGAAGCUCGUGAAUUUGCUGGAAGAGCAUAAAGUGGAACGACUAGUGUUGGUUCCGACACUCCUCAAGUCCAUCCUGAUGUAUUUGAAUCUCCAAAAAGCCAAUAGGAAGCUCCUGCAGAAGCUGCGGAUUUGGGUGUGUUCAGGUGAAACACUCUCCGUGUCACUUGUUAAGGAAUUCUUUGAUUACUUCGAUGAUGAUUCACACAUCAUGUGCAAUUUCUAUGGCUCCACGGAGAUCAUGGGGGAUGUCUCGUACUACAUUUGCGACAGCAAGAAAGCCCUGCAGACCAUGGAAAAAGUUCCAAUUGGUUAUCCAAUUGACAACACAGUGCUCUACCUUCUGGAUGCGGACUUUCGACCUGUGACCCUUGGGCAAAUUGGGGAGCUCUUUGUGUCUGGCAUGAAUUUAGCUCGAGGCUAUGUUAACAAUCGCGAUGCCCAUCGCUUCAUUGAGAAUCCCCUGGCUGUUGAUCCCAAGUAUUCGCGACUCUUCAGGACUGGGGAUUAUGCGAGAAUUGAGAAAUCAGCACUCAUCUUCGAGGGGAGAACAGAUUCUCAGAUCAAAAUUCGAGGUCAUCGUGUGGAUCUCACGGAAAUUGAACGGAAUCUCCUGGGACUAGAGGAAGUGGAUAAAUCCUUCGUGCUGUGCUACAAGCCGGGUGAAAUUGAUCAGGCGGUUGUGGCCUUCACACUGCUAACCACGGAGGCACAGUCCCAGAAAACAAUCGGAAUGCACAUCGAAUCGAAGCUGAUGGGUGUCUUGCCGGACUACAUGGUGCCACAAGUUGUGAUUAUCGAUGCAGUUCCGCUGCUGGUGAAUGGAAAAGUUGACCGGCAGUCACUGCUGAAGCAAUACGAGAACACCAACAACAACGAUGAUUCCAAUGUCAUCAUUGAUUACGACUACUCGGGCAUUGCCGAUGAUCAGCUGAAAGUGGCCAAGGAUCUUUUUGAGACAAUUGGGGGUGUAAUUGGGCGAUCAACGCGAACAAUGCUGUCGCUUCACAGCAACUUCUACGAAUUGGGCGGAAAUUCCCUCAAUUCCAUCUUCACAGUGACACAACUUAGGGAUAAGGGAUACAAUAUUGGGAUAACAGAGUUCAUUGGAGCAAAGGACCUUGGCGAAGUCCUGCAGAUUCUCCAGGAAGGCAUCACGCAGGAAAUUUCAAAGAUUAAUCCCAAAAUUAUCGAGGAGAAUCAACGAUGGAAGCUAUCGGCCGUUCCACUCAACGACAGCCACAAAGAGGAUGUGAUUGAAAUAAUUACAGGAAGUUUCUUCGAGAAGGCCGAGUUGGAGCAGUAUUUGAAACCAAAUAUCUUUAGGACGGACUAUGCAGAUGUCCUCGGGCUUAUCUGGGAUGUUUUAGUCGCAAAGAACCUGAGCUUCGUCGUGAUAGACGAAAAAAAUAACCAGGUUGUUGGAACAGCCCUGAAUUUUGAUGCAAGAGACGAACCCGAAGUGGAAGUUACAAAUCAACUGCUCGUAAUCUUUGAAUUUCUGGAAUUCGUUGAGGGUCCCAUCAGAGAUAACCAACUCCCACCAGGGCAGAAUGUUGUCCUCCAUUCAUUCAUGAUGGGAACAAGUGCGGAAUUGAAUGCCCAAGAAAAUGUGGCGGUUAUUCAAUUUAUGGAGGAGCAAGUUAUCAAUGUGGCCAGAAGGAAUAAAUUCACUGGAGUAUUCACAACGAAUACAAGUCCCCUAACACAGCAAUUGGGCACUGUGAUGGGCUACAAAGAUCUUCUGACAUACAAAAUUAAUCAGUAUGUCUAUCGGGAUGGGAGCAAACCUUUCGGCACAGCCACAGAUGCGGAAAAAGUUAUUGUGCAUUGGAAGAAAAUUAGUGCCGACAAUUAAUUGCCAAUCAUCAUUACAUUUUAUGUGUACAUUGUACUAUAUGUAUCAUCGUCAUCACUUUAUUGUUUUAUUUGUCAUUUUGUGUCUUUUUUAUCAUUGAGAAAAAAACAGGAAUAGCAAAAGUAUAGAAUAUAAAAUAACUUUAAUCUUAAGAAAAUUUAAUUAUUCGUGUUUCUUGCUAUCAAGAUGUUAGAUUUAGCAUUUUAAUUUGCAAGAAAUCAUUUUGUAUGUGAUGCUAUUUUUAUUCAAAUAAAUUUUCACGAGUGAA